UGAUCUUUUAGCUAGAGUUAUAAUACAUGAAUCCCCAAAAAGCUAGUAGAACUCACCCACAAUUAACUCCCCAUUUAUUUGUCAAUGUGAGUCAAAACGGACGCUAAUAUACCGCAACGCUUCCGUGGUCCGAGCACCCAUGCGGGCUGGCUUUGCAUUAGUGCGGGGUGAACACUGCGAAAUCGGUGUCACCACGUGCGCCGCUCACUUGCAGCCGGGAAGGUGGGUUUCUUCACCAACUAUCAUUGUGGAGAGAGCUGGAAGUUAUGCCUGGGCUCACAAAAGUUGGAGAGUACGCGAAGAGUUUGCAAGGACAGUUGCAACAGCAGUUGGCCUUUUUGCUUCUACUGAGCUCACCCUUCAAAGGGUCCUUCUUCCUCCCGUUUUGCAACUAGUAAAUGACCCAAACUAUAGUGUUAGAGAAGCUGCUGCAUCUUGCAUAGAGGAGAUGUACAGACAGGUUGGUCCUCAGUUUCGUGAAGAAUUGCAGCGGCAAUAUAUUCCUUCAUCAAUGAUGAAAGAGAUUAAUGCAAGGCUAGAAAAGAUAGAACCGAAAGUAAACCCAUCCGACGGAACAGGGACUCUGACUCGCUUUGUACCCAUAGAAACAAAAUCAUUUAAUUCUGUCCAUAAAAGUAAAAGGGGAAGUCCAAGGUCUAAGAGCACCCCAAGGGAAACACCAUUUUAUGGAGCCGCAGGGGAGGCUGAUGUAACUGAAAAGCCUGUGGACCCUAUCAUGGUCUACUCGGAGAAGGAGCUAAUUCGGGAAAUUGAGAAGAUAGCAUCUACUCUAGUACCAGAAAAAGAUUGGUCACUCCGUAUAGCUGCUAUGCAGAGAAUUGAGGGCCUGGUUUUUGGAGGUGCUACCAAUUAUCCAUCACUUCCCAUGAUCUUAAAGCAGCUUGUACCUCCUUUAAGCACUCAACUGUUGGAUCGACGUUCUAGCAUAGUUAAACAGGCCUGUCAUCUUCUAAACUUAUUAUCUAAGGAACUUUUGGGGGACUUUGAGGCCUGUGCAGAGUUGUUCAUACCGGUGUUAUUUAAACUUGUUGUUAUAACUGUACUUGUCAUUGCUGAGUCCGCUGACAACUGCAUAAAGACGAUGUUGCGCAACUGCAAGGUUUCACGUGUUCUUCCUCGCAUAGCUGAUUCUGCAAAGAAUGACCGAAAUGCAGUUCUUCGUGCUAGGUGUUGUGAGUAUGCACUGCUAAUACUCGAGUACUGGGCCGAUGCUCCAGAAAUACAGAGAUCAGCUGAUGUUUAUGAAGAUCUCAUAAAGUGCUGUGUUGCAGAUGCUAUGAGUGAGGUUCGCUCAACUGCUCGGACAUGCUACCGGAUGUUCACUAAAACUUGGCCAGAGCGAUCUCGUCGCCUUUUUUUGUCCUUUGAUCCUGUCAUACAAAGGAUAAUUAAUGACGAAGAUGGAGGCCUGCACAAAAGAUAUGCUUCCCCCUCACUUCGCGAAAGAGGAGGGCAGCUUUCACGGGCUCCAUCUCAUUCCCCUACAUCAUAUAUUCCUGGUUAUGGUACUUCCGCAAUCGUUGCAAUGGACAAGACUUCUGCUAUUGCAUCUGGAGUAUCUUUGUCCUCAGGCUCUCGUCUUUCAUCACAGUCGAAGACAUCUGGGAAUUCUGUGGAGAGAGAUCUUGAAACCAUGCUGCAUGCCAGCAAACAAAAGGUGUCUGCAAUUGAAAGUUUGCUAAGAGGUGUUAACCUAUCUGAUAAAUCGAAGUCCUCAAUUACUCAGUCAACCAGCUUGGAUCUAGGUAUAGGAUUUGACACCCCAUCUGCCCGCGAUCCGCUAUUUCCUAGUGCAGUUUCUGGUUCAAGUAAUCUCUAUUCACAGAAUUCACUCGAUUCAGCUGUCAGUGAUAUUACAAGAGGUGCAGUAAGGAAUGGAGGCUCAGAUUUAACUGAUCUCAUUUGUCUUCAGAACCAUGCUUUAAACGACUCAACCAAGUCAUCCUACCAAAGGAAUCUGUCAUCUGAUUCUCCAUCUGCUUUGUCAUUGGCCACAGUUAGAAAAUCUUCUGGAAGAUCACUAGAUGUAAGUAUUGAAGAAAAUAAUGAUAUCAGAUCGACGAGGCGUUUUACGAAUAUGCAGACAGAAAAACAAUUCGUGGACACACACUAUAAGGAUUCCGUCUUUAGAGAUUCACAUAGUCAUUAUGUUCCUAAUUUUCAGAGACCACUUAUUAGAAGGCAGGUUACAGGAAGAGUUUCAGCAAGUGGUAGAAACAGUUUCGAUGAUAGCCAGUCAUCGUUUGCUGAAAUGUUUAAAUUUGUUGAUGGCCCAGCAUCCUUGAAUGAUGCACUCACUGAGGGUUUGACUGCCAACUCGGAUUGGGCUGCUAGAGUUUCUGCUUUUAACUAUCUCCGAAAUUUGCUGCAACAAGGAUCAAGAGGCGUUCAAGAAGUUACUCAGAAUUUUGACAAGGUUAUGAAGUUAUUUUUUCGACACUUAGACGAUCCUCACCAUAAAGUUGCACAGGCAGCUCUUCAAACACUUGCAGAGGUUAUUCCAGCCUGUAGAAAGCCUUUUGAAAGUUAUAUUGAAAGGAUUUUACCGUCUGUGUUUUCUCGAUUGAUUGACCCAAAGGAAUUGGUCAGGAAGCCUUGCGCAACAACGUUGGAAAUUGUUGGCAGAACUUACAGUAUUGAUUCUCUGUUGCCUGCUCUUUUACGGUCCCUUGAUGAACAGAGGUCUCCGAAGGCAAAGUUGGCUGUUAUUGAUUUUGCAAAUAACUCCUUCAACAAGCAUGCAGCAAAUUCUGAUAGUCAACAUAAUAGCGGGUUUCUUAAGCUAUGGCUCGCUAAAUUGGCACCUUUAGUAUAUGAUAAAAAUACAAAACUAAAAGAAGCAUCUAUUUCUGGAAUUAUUUCUGUUUACUCGUAUUUUGAUUCAACAGCAGUCUUGAACUUUAUUCUUAGUUUGUCAGUUCAAGAACAGAACUCAUUGCGGCGAGCACUUAAACAGUAUACUCCUCGUAUAGAAGUUGAUCUGAUGAACUUCUUGCAGAAUAAGAAAGAACGUCAACGUUCCAAAUCAUUUUAUGAUCAGUCCGAUGUCACCGGAACAUCUUCUGAGGAAGGCUACAUUGGCACGUCGAGAAAAAGUCAACUUUUUGGCAGAUACUCAGCAGGUUCAGUUGAUAGUGAAGGUGAAAGGAAGUGGAGUUCCAUGCAGGAACCAGCUCUCGAUGUCUCAAUUGGCCAGGCAACAUCUGAUGACAUUCGCCGGCCAUACCAAAACAUUGAACUUAACUUUGAUACAGAUGCAGAUGCUGUUGGUCAAAAGAGCAGGGAAAUGACGUGCAAUGCUAACAACUCAGUAGAGAGUACGAUGACAUGGAUGAAUGUCAUAGAAAAAUCUGACCAAAGUAUAGAACAUGACAGUCCUUCAGGAACUCCUCGACUAGAUAUUAAUAAACUUUUGAAUUAUAACGGGUCAAGGGCCACUGGAUUGAGUCCUAGUAAUGAAAGUAUCCAAGAUAAGGAGCUUGCAUGUGAGCAGCUUAAUCCUGCUAAGAACAAUUCUCAAGUUGAUAAUGGGCCAUGUAUUCCACAGAUUCUUCAUCGGUUUCUGCAGAUUUGCAUUGGUAGUGAUGAUACAUCAGCUUUAAGUAAACGGGAGGCGUUGCAGCAGUUGAUUGAAGCGUCAAUUAUCAAAAAUACCUCUGUAUGGACCAAGUACUUCAACCAAAUUUUGACGGCAGUACUUGAAGUAUUGGAUGACCCUGAUUUAUCCACCAAGGAACUUGCUCUUUCUUUGGUUGUUGAAAUGCUCAAGAAUCAGAAGGAGGCAAUGGAAGAUUCGGUUGAGAUUGUUACUGAAAAGUUAUUACACACAUCUAAAGAUGGGAAUGCGAAGGUCUCAAAUGAAGCGCACCAAUGUCUGACCAUUCUCUUAGCUCAAUAUGAUCCAUUUCGAUGUCUUACUGUUAUUGUUCCUUUAUUAGCCAGUGAUGAUGAGAAGACCCUUGUUAUUUGCAUCAACUGUUUGACCAAGCUUGUUGGUCGGUUUUCACAAGAGGAGUUGAUAACACAAUUGCCUUCAUUUCUGCCUGCACUUUUUGAUGCUUUCGGGAGCCAGAGUCCAGAUGUUCGUAAGACAAGAGAAUAGCAUCACAUCCCCUGGCUGAUAGAAGAUGAAAACUUGGUCUCUGCAUAAAAGGAAACUCAGAGCGGAGGUUGGUGAUAAGAGAUGGGAGUAUAUGCAAGCAUAAAUAGUGCUGAAAAUCUAAGACGCAUAAUGUGUUUGUAUAAGCUUUCAUCAGUUUAAUAUUUUAGAUCAACUUUUACUUGCCUUAUAUGCAGAUAUAAAUGCGAUCAUGCAUAUAUCCAUGGGAGCAACUUGCAAGUAUCUCAUCUUCUGCCUUUUUAAAACAAUCUCCUUUCUUUUUCCUUUCGAAGUUUUUAAAACCGUAGGGUGAUUUAAUGGUUGACACUGAACCACAAUUAAGUUUGUUGCUUGAAAACAUAUACAUACCUUGAAGCCUAACUUCCUUCCCACAAUUUUUAAAUGAGAAAGAAGCAUGUUUCUGCCUGCGCUCAAACACAUCUUUUUGGCUUGGCAACAAGAUAGAUCCUGUGCCCGAUUUCUUUAUUACUUCAUUUACGCAUAAUUUACCGAUUUCAUUAGCAAGAGGAAGCAUAAACAUCUUGGGUGCUGUUUGAUAAUAACUAGAAUUCUGGCAGACCCUGUUCGUCUCAUCAGAAUGCAGAUAUUUUAUCUUGGUCAUGGUUAUGAAAGCAGAUUGUAGUAAUGACAGUGUUGAUGAGAUCAAAUUUCUUCGGACGAAACCUCAUUGGUUAUAACACAAUUUCCUAUU